AUGUCCAGCACAGUUCGCACUAGAGCACCCAGGAAGUCCACCCUGAACACGCCAGUGGUGGCACAUGUGGCCGCCAUUCGGGUCAUAGAAGACGACCAGGCGCAGGUCAUCUUAUCAAACUUCAUUGAUCAAUGUGAAAAGCUCGAAGAAGAAUCUCUGUCCACGACUUUGAACUCGGAAGGGGGAUCCCGCACAACAUAUUCUGGUCCACCAAGUGAAAAGGUGAGUCAUUUGAAAAGACUACAGAGAGAACUGCGCGGGCUGCCGCCCCUCCUAGUGGAGUCAGCUGGAUCGAGGCCAGCAAAGGCCAAGAAGGCGUUUUCUGAAGGAAUUUCGGGAACUCCAGCAAACAAAAAGAUCAAAUUUGAUGAUGAUAUCACUCCUUUGAACAAGAAGGUUAUUUUUGAGGAUGAGGUGGCAGACACGAGUGCCAUGGAUGUUGAUACUCCCGUGAAGGAGACUGUGGAUGAAGAAGUGAAGUCGCCCAAGAAAGAGAAGAAAGAAAAGAAGGACAAAAAGGACAAAAAGGAGAAGAAAGACAAGAAAGACAAGAAAGAGAAGAAGAUCAAAGACAAAAGCUGA